UGGCCUCCAAGUUCAUAUUAAAGAAGAAAGCCCACAAGCAUUAUUUGUGUGGUGUCACUCCCAUCGUUUGGCUUUGGUAGUAAAACAAGCAGUAUCGUGUAACUCCAACGCAGUUGAUUUAUUUGGCAAUUUAGAAACUCUCUAUGUUUUUCUUUGGUGUUCAAAGAAAAGAGCAGCGAUUUUCAGAGAAAUUCAAAUUGAAUGUGAUAAUAUGGAAGGUAAAUAUAAUCCAUUGCAUGCUGUUAAGAGAGUAAGUACAACAUGUUGGAGUUCUCAUGCGGCAGCAUUACAUGUAGUUUAAAAUUCCACAAUGCAGUUUUAAAAACAUUAAAUAAAAUUAAAGAUUCUGAAGGAUCUGCUGAUGUAGUAGUUGGUGCGAGUUGUAGUGGUUUGAUAUCAUACCUUACAUCCCAACGUUUUCUUCUAACAGCAUUAUUAUUCAAAACUAUAUUUCAAAUACUUGAACCUGUCACCCACCAAUUGCAGUCCCAAGAUAUGGAUAUGCUUAUGGCCACAAAUAUUUUAAAUAAUGUGAUUCAUCAAAUCAAAGAAUUUAGAAAUGAUGAUUCGUUUAAAAGAUUACUAAAAAGGACUGAUGAGUUUGCUGAAAAUAGUAUUGUUGACUUUUUACCUCUUGUAUCUAGUCGACCCAAACGUGUUCCAAGAAAAUCAGGUGAACAUUGUCAGGAUGAAAUUAUAUCAUGCCCCAUGAAAAAAUUUAGAACUGAUACAUACAAUGUCAUAAUGGAUAUUCUUUUGGCAGAGUUAAGUGGACGUUUUGAAAGCACCAAUAUAGGACCUCUAAAAGACUUAUCCCUUCUUUCAUUUAGACGUAUUCGAGAAGUUCAAAAUAAUUCACACAUUGUACCUUGUGAUGCCUUUGACGCUUUAUGUACCAUGUACUCACAAAUCGAUAAAAACUCAUUAUUGACAUUAUUAUAUAUUAUUAUUAAUAUUAUUAUUAUAUAUUUUAUAUUUAUAUUAAUAUUUACAUACGAAUUAGUUGGAAAAGAAAAGAGAGUUGAUCAAAAAUAAAAGUGGGUGGAAAAUUGUUUGACAGGUUUCAAAUUUAAUAAGUGGGUUAUGUGAUUGUGUGUGUUGUGGUGGGGGUGGGUGGGUGGUGGUCGGAGAUCAAUGCCAUACAUGUAAUUUUGUACUUCGGCGCCACUGAUGUUUAACAAUAGUAUAUGGUGUUAAACAAUUUCGACCUUAUUUGUACGGAAGGAAAUUUAUUAUUUUGAGCGAUCAUAGACCAUUAACAUGGUUAUUUAAUUUAAAAGAUCCAUUAUCCAAAUUAGCGCGUUGGCGGAUACAACUAGAAGAGUACGAU